AUGCAGCAGAUAGGCCCAACCACACGGCCGCGAAGAAUAUCUGAAAAGAAGCAGUCAAACUGGUGGCAGCGGCACGUUGCUCAAGAUGUUCCUUUCGAGCAAUGUAGAGACCACUAUGCGCUGGAGCGGACAUACCUGGCAUGGCUAAGGACGUCUACCAAGUUUGCUCAUUUGGGUGUGCUCGUCACUCAGCUUUUUCGACUGCCACGUGAUCUCUUCCCUUCCAGUCCACUUGUAUCGGAGUUUUAUCGACUUGGCAAGCGGUUAGGGCUGGUCUCCAAUUCGAUUGCCUUGUUUGUGAUUAUGGUGGGAGGCUUUCGAUGCUGGAAGCAGCAGCACUACAUCGUCAACGGGCAUGUGCGCAGUUCUGGAUGGGAAAUCUGGAUCAUCGUGCUCGCCACACUAAGUGUAAGCCCACACUAUCGUCACUGUCCCCAAUCUUCACCAAUCAAAGAGGCUCAAGUGUUUUCCUCCGAUUGA